CUAGUGCAUUUUUUUGGUUUCCAAGAAAGCGACUGCAUCGUCUGUCUUUACGUGCCGAAUUGCAAAUUUGUUAGUCAAAUGUUUGGAUCAAGGUUUACGGAAUGUUGACCGGUCGUUUUGCUGAAGCUAGCUGACAUAUACUAGAUGGCAUGUAAACUUGAAGCUUUUUGUGACUGGCAUUUACAUCCACAGAUUUUUGGUGAUAAGAUCCUGCCUUGCUUUUCUCGCUGCUCUGGAAUAAUAAACAAAGCCAAUGAAAUCCCAUCCAACGAAAACUUACUAUUAGUGUUUUGUUGAUGUUAUAAUUUCAAUCGGACUUUGGAAUAAGUUCAAAAAUUGGUGAUUAUUUUUGUUCACAUGACAGUUUCACACAGGACAUCUGUGCAUCUAUAACAAUACGAAGCUUGGCGUGGGCAAGCAGUUACUUCUUUAUGCCGUCAUAUUGUGAUCCAGAAAGAGAAUUGUAAGAAGGCUAGCUGAUUACUGGUAAUUGAGAUAAUGUCUGAAGGAAGAGACACAAACCAUGGAGAACCACAGAUGGUGGGUGAGGCUUCCACAUAUACAGUUGACGAUGCACUCUUGGUUCUGGGAUUUGGAAAGUUCCAAUGGUUCCUUCUUGCUUAUGCUGGAAUGGGCUGGGCUGCAGAUGCAAUGGAAAUGAUGCUUCUUUCCUUUGUGGGUCCAGCUGUGCAAUCAGAAUGGGGAUUGUCACCUCGCCAAGAGAGUGCAAUCACCAGUGUUGUCUUUGCUGGAAUGCUUUUUGGAGCAUACACGUGGGGAACAAUUUCUGAUAACUAUGGAAGAAGGAUUGGCUUUCUUGCCACUGCUGUGGUCACUUUUGUAGCUGGUCUUUUAAGUGCUUUCUCCCCAAACUAUGCAUCACUGGUCAGCUUCCGUUGUUUGGUUGGAGUAGGGUUGGGAGGAGGUCCAGUGCUCAAUUCUUGGUUCUUGGAAUUUGUUCCUGCUCCAAAAAGAGGAGCGUGGAUGAUUGUUUUUGCUAGCUUCUGGACACUUGGAACAAUUUUAGAGGCUUCAUUGGCAUGGAUUGUCAUGCCUACAUUGGGAUGGAGAUGGCUGCUUGCACUAUCUUCUUUGCCCUCAAUGAUUCUGCUUUUGUUCUAUAUUUUCGUGCCAGAAUCACCAAGGUAUCUCUGUAUGAAAGGGAGAACAAAUGAUUCACUGCAUGUCUUGGAAAGAAUUGCUGCUGUAAACAAGAAGAGAAUUCCAUCUGGUGUUCUGGUGUCUAGUCAUGCCAUUGUAAAUGAUUCACAGGAGCCCUGUCCAGAAAAUUCUCGUUUGCCAUCAGAAAGACAAUUAGAUGCCAAACCUGUUGAGAAUAAUGAAAACAAAGCAGGAAUUUUAGCUUCAAUUGUCCUGCUACUUUCUCAAAAACUAAUCAGGACAACUCUUUUCAUAUGGGUGGUCUUUUUUGGAAAUGCAUUUUCUUACUAUGGCAUUGUAUUGCUUACAUCUGAAUUGAGCAUCGCAAACAAGAAAUGCGAAUCAAAAAACUUCAAGUCAAAUGACUCAAAGCAUGGCAGUCUUUACAGAGACGUCUUCAUCACAAGUCUUGCAGAGCUUCCAGGGCUUCUGCUAUCAGCGGCAGUGGUGGAUAGGAUUGGCCGCAAGUUUUCGAUGUCUGCUAUGCUUUUCAUGUGUUGCAUUUUACUCAUGCCACUGCUAGUUCAUCAGUCCGAGAUUGUGACAACAUGUAUACUUUUUGGAGCCCGAUUGUUCAUAGUUGGAAGCUUCACAAUCCUCUUUAUUUAUGCUCCAGAGGUAUAUCCAACUAGGGUCAGGACAACAGGCUUCGGAGCUGCUAGUUCAGUGGCAAGAAUUGGUGGGAUCUUAUGCCCACUUGUGGCUGUUGCGCUGUUAAAUGCUUGUCACCAGACUCUGUCGAUUGUUUUAUUUGAGAUUGUAAUAAUUUUUGCAGCUGUCGCUGUUCUUUGUUUACCUGUUGAGACCAAGGCUCGUGCAUUGAAUGACAAUGUAUAAUUCAGAUAUAAAACUGUUAUGUAUUUGAUGAAAAUGUAAGGAUAUUAGUAUCAGUUAUAUUUUAAAUAUAAUUUUCUGA